CCUUUGAUUAAUUCCAUAUUUAAGCUUUAAUACAUCAUUUGGCUUACAUUUAACUUUGAAUAAUGUACAUUGAGAGUCCAUUAACACAAGAAUAUAUGUUAUUCCAAAAAGAUAUAAAGGGGAAUAAGAAAAAGAAAACCAAAAAGAAGAGAGAAAAACAAUCGACUGGAAACAGUAUGCAUGAAAUCUCAAGAAAAUUCGAUUCCUUGUUUUACUUGAAAUUGAAUAAUACGAAGCUUCGUCCCAAAUGAAUUGAUUCGGCUAAGGCCCAAUCCUUUCAAUUUGGUUUUGAUACCAUCUUCUAUAAAAUUGGUAUAUAUUCACCACAACUUCCAUCUUUCUUCUUCUAUAAAAGAAAAGGCUUUUGGCAGAGGCCCUUAAUUACUACCAACAAACCAAAACAGGUAAAGAAAACAUCGAAUCAUUAACUACAAACAAAACUGAGUUCAUCAUUACAAAAACGUACAGCUCCAAAGCUGAAGCUUUUUUCACCUUCGACUUGGAAGAACAUCGUAAUGGCUCCCGAUCCUCACUUUAAGGCUGAUUCUCCCAUAAAGAACAUUGAGGAGAACAAAUUCAAAAUUUAUCCAAGGGCUCUAAAUAUUACAUGGGGUAAAGAUAAGCGAUUUUGGAACUUACCUCAUCGAGACACGAGGAACGAAGACAGUUUUGCAGAGCUGAAACAAGUAUGUUGGCUGGAAGUAACUGGUUCAACUGAGAAAGAUGUUUUGGUGGAAGAAAAGUACAAAGUAGGGUUCGUGAUAUCACUAAGACCAGAUGCAUUUGGAUGGGAUGAUUGUAGUGUUUACAUAAUGGCAAAGAUUGGGAGAAGGGGAAAUUACUCGUUCAAGAAAAUGAGUCUUGCAGCCCUACCUACUGGGAAAAGGAUUACCAUUCCCGAUGAUGAUCAAUUGAUCAUCCAAGUCCCCGCUUUCAAGCCUGAUAAUGAUGAUUUGAAGCUCUAUUUUGGUCUCUAUGAAGUUUGGACCAAUAGGUGGAAGGGAGGGUUGAGGAUCCAUCAUGCAUUUGUUGAGAUUGUUGAAUGAUGACACUCCACCUAUUAAAAAAUAGGUGAUUCGUCAUAUUUGUGUAAUGUUUAUGAAUGGGUAGUUGAUAUCCCAAUUGCGGGGCUAUUUAUUGUUACUCUAUGUGAUUUUUAUAUAAGGCUACUUUGUUCGUGUGCAAAUCUAGUCAUUUUGUCGGGAUUAAUCUAUUCAUGUAAAAAGCACAAACAACUUCUAGGAGAUGAAUCGAGAAUAAAUAAUUAAGUCAAAUUCGGCCAAAGCAUCGACGAUCGAGUGUUAAAGGAGCCAAUUGAAGUUAACGGGUGUUUGAGGCGCUAUGUGAUUACUAUAAUCAGUAAUUAUUAUAGAUUGCGGCUUAUAAUAGUAUGUAAGUUGUAAUAAUUUGUGUUUGGAGUGUAAACUAUUUUUGUUUAUAUUA